GCCGCCGCCGCCCCCCUGCCCGGCCCGCCGGUGGAGGAGCCGCGGCGGGAGAACGGCGGCGAGUGGUGCCCCGGGAGCGGCAAUGCGGUACCGCCGAGCGGUGAGAGCGGGGCCCAGCCCCGGGAGGCCCCCGGGAGCGCGGCGGCCGAGCCCCCCGAGGGUGGCUGGGGCUGGGUGGUGAUGCUGGCCGCCAUGUGGUGCAACGGCGCCGUCUUCGGCAUCCAGAACUCGUGCGGGGUCCUCUUCGUCUCCAUGCUCCAGCUCUUCGGCGACGGCGAGGACAAGCAGCUGGCGUUCAAAACAGCAUGGGUGAGCUCCCUUUCUAUGGGGAUGGUCUUCUUCUGUUCUCCAAUAGUCAGCAUAUUCACCGACCUGUUUGGUUGUCGAAAAGUAGCUGUUAUUGGAGCUGCAGUAGGGUUUGCUGGACUCCUUUCAAGUUCUUUUGUAAGCACCAUUGAACCUCUAUACUUCACUUACGGAGUCUUAUUUGCCUGCGGCUGCUCAUUUGCAUACCAACCAUCCUUGGUCAUUCUCGGCCACUAUUUCAAGCAACGCCUUGGACUGGUGAAUGGCAUUGUCACUGCAGGCAGCAGCUUGUUCACCGUGUCACUGCCCUUCCUCCUGAGAGUUCUGAUUGACUCCGUUGGCCUAUACAACACCCUGCGGGUCUUGUGCAUCCUUAUGUUUAUUCUGUUCCUGGCUGGCUUUACGUACAAACCCCUUGUUCCCGAUGCCAAAGACAAGGAGGGAGGAAAGAAGGGAAAGUUCAGAUUUCCUCCUGAAAAAAAGAUUUGCAACUUCUCCGUUUUCAAAGUUCUCAGUUACCGAAUCUGGGCUUUCGGAAUCCCAGCUGCACUUUUUGGAUACUUUGUGCCUUAUGUUCACUUGAUGAAGCACGUAAAAGACAGAUUUGGUGACAGCGUGCCAGAAGAAGUGCUUCUGCUGUGUCUGGGCAUUACUUCAGGAGUUGGCAGAUUGAUUUUUGGCAGAGUUGCAGAUUAUAUUCCUGGUGCAAAAAAAGUUUAUUUACAGGUGGCCUCAUUCUUCUUUAUUGGCCUGAUGUCUAUGAUGAUUCCACUGUGCCAUGUCUUUGGAGGUCUCAUUGCUGUCUGUCUCUUCAUGGGCCUGUUUGAUGGGUGCUUCAUUUGCAUUAUGGCUCCUAUUGCCUUUGAGCUUGUUGGGGCUCAGGAUGUCUCCCAGGCCAUAGGAUUCCUACUAGGACUUAUGUCAAUACCUAUGACAGUUGGUCCACCCAUUGCAGGUUUGCUGCGUGAUCACCUCGGCACCUACGAUGUAGCGUUCUACCUGGCGGGCGUCCCUCCCCUCAUUGGCGGAGCUAUAUUAUGCGUCAUCCCCUGGGUCCACGAACGGCAGAAGUUAAAAGAAAGAGCAAAACCUGUUGAUGGAGAAACUACUGAGAAAAUGCUGGAAAACGAGAACACUUUGGUGUUGGACACUACAGAAAAGUCAGUCAAAGAAAUGGAAUCUGGUGUUUGAUGCCUUCUUUUCCUGUACCAGCCCAACCUUCUUCUACUUUUUGACUGGAGAUGCUAUAUGAUGCUGAAGAAGUUUUUGAACUAUUACUCAAAUUGCAAAACUGCUUGAAGAAUCUUUUAUACCAUUGAACUUUUUUUGAUGAGUCGCUGAAUUUGAUUUCAAGCCACAUUUCCAAGGUAUUUGAAGUUUUGUAGCAUUAAUACAUGUGUAGUAAUUCUGUGUGUGAAGAGAAUAUUUUUUUAAUUCAUCAGAACCUAUUUCUGGGAGUGUGAAGCUGGUUUUGGUUCUGUGACCCAGGAUUUUUCAAUAAUUUCCUGGUCCACCCAAUGGAGGCACACCCGUGGGUGUUUAUACUGGGAAAUGUAGUAUCUCUUAUGACUGAUUUGGUUUUUGAAGUUUCUUCUGCUGUUUUACAGUCUUUUACAAUUCUAUAUCAUGA